AUGUCCAAUUGUGAACCAUCAAGACAACCAAUAGGUACAGGAAUGUUGUAUGAUACGACUCUCAAAUUGUAUGAUUCUUCUAAUCCGACUGAUGGACCCUUCGAUCUUUUAAAAGACUUUGAAAAUUUAGAGAAUUCAGGAUUUAAAAAAGAAAUUUCAACAAAAAUAAUAAUACCUGAUUGGCAAGAGGAUCACAAUGAAACAUGGAUUAUGGAAAUGAUAAGUGCUGAUAUUAAUGGAUAUCUUAAAUUUUUAAAUAAUUACACACUUAAUCAUGUUAUCAACAAAAAAGUUCAUAUUAUUGGUAAUGGUAUAGGAGCUCAUAUUGCUGGUUUAGUUGGUGCUCAUUUUCAAAAUCAUACAAUUGAUCGAAUAACUGGACUUGAUCCAGCAUCAAGUGGUUUUGAAAAUGCACUACGUAAACAUCGUCUUGAUAGAACUGAUGCUGAAUUUGUUGAUGUUAUACAUACAUGUAUUGAUAUGAUUGGUAUUAAACAAGCAAUCGGAGAUGUUGAUUUUUAUCCAAAUGGUGGAAUGUGUAAUAGGCAACCUGGAUGCGAAUCAGCUGGACAAAAUUCUUCCCAGUCAUUAUAUACUUGUGGACACAGUAAAGCAGCUCAAUACAUGACUCAAUCUAUAAGUGAACCAAAAAAAUUUAUGGCAACACAAGAUCUGUGUGGAAAAAAAAAUAAAACAGCUGCAUAUAUGGGUGAAAAGGCUGAUCGUAAUAUCCUAGGACGUUAUAGUUUAAAUAUAAAAGAAUAG